UCCAGUUUUAUAUAGUUCACUAGAGUUCAACUUUCAAGAUUCCUUUUGCGGUUCUUCAUUUAAAAGAUUGAUUCCGCACUUGACUUUUAUUGACAUCAUUGGUUCUGUAUUUAGCAGCAAAGACCCAACGUUUUUAGAAUUGAACAUGUUGAAGCCUAAAGUCCUUACGGAGUUACUUGCUCGAGAAACAACAGGCGGCAUCAUGAGUACAAUCUUGUUGAAAAGUAAUGGUUCAUUGUUGGCCUUUGCUGGUGCAAAUGAUAAAGAUGCACGAGUUACGGCAGCAAUUGCUUCGAGCAUUUGGACUGCGUAUCAUUCAAAUAUUAAGCAAAGUUUUCAUACAGAAACUUUGAAUUUUGUACUCAUGGAUUGUGAUGAUGGAAAGGUGGCGAUAACAAGCAUUGCAGAUCUUCUACUUUGCUUGCAUUCUAAGAAAUCAGUUGGUCUGGGGCUGCUGAAGGCAAAAACACUCGCUCUGGCAAAACAUUUGGAUGAACCACUAUCACAGUUAAACGACGCUCUUGCUUGAUGAAUUUUCUAUAUUUUUCUCUUCUUCAUAUUAUUCGAAACUACAAAUUUACACGAAAUAGUGACACGUGAUUAUUUAUGAAUUAUGUAUUCAUGGCAUUGGCUUGAAACUUUACUAUGACACAAAAUCUUUACGAGCAGGCAGGGGCACAUUCAAAAAACUUGGGGGAUAUAGGUAAUGGGACUAACUUCUGUUGGGUCUUAAAUUGAUAGAAAAGUGAAAAUUUUAGUCGGACUGACUUUUCAUUUUUUUCAAUUUCUGCAUCAAAUUUUUAUACAUAUUUCACAAAAGUUGCCGUUUCUCACCCAAAUGAGCAACCAAGUGAAAUAGAGAAAGCAUUUUAAUCCACAAUCUCAAUAUUUUCACUUUCGUUCGCAGGAACCCACCAGUUGAGCUUUUGCGAGCUUACUAUAAUUGGUAGCGGGUUUUAUCUUUUUUAUGUAAUAUUUUUUUAAGAUGUAUGUAAUAUUUUCGCGCAACACUUCAAUGCUUCCAAGAAAAGAAAAGAGUUAUCGAUUUCCACAAUGACAUAUCUUUACGCAAUGUUUAUUUUAUCAUUCAAACAAAACUGAGAAGACUGAGAUACUACCAUCAGAUAAGCUUGGACGCGCGUGUUAGUCCGCGUGAUAUGCACUUUUUUUUCACAAAUUAAACGGGCUCGUUCCUAUGCGAAAGUUGUCAUAUUCAGUCAAAUAUUUUAUAAUAGAUAAGUCUGAGACUUUUAAAAUUAAAGGCAGUUUCAACUUUAAGCGAAA